AUGCCUCGAGGCCAGAAGAGCAAGCGCCGUGCCCGCGAGAGACGCUACCGGGCCCGGGCGAAGACUCAGAGUCUCAAGGGUGCCCAGGCCACUGAGGCGGCGGCGGCGGCAGCAGAGAUAGAAGAGUUGCCCUCCUCCCCUGCUUCUGUUUCUCGGGGUACUCCCGAGGGAGUUUCCUGCCCAGGAUAUGAAGAGGGUGCCCGGGCGAGCCAAGAUAAGGAAAGUGCAAGUACCUUCCAGGCAGCACCUUCCACUCACAGCACUUGCACAGAUCCUGUGACCAGGAAUUCCGGCAUGUUGGUGCAGUUCCUGCUGGAGAAGUACAAGUUGAAGGAGCCCAUCCGGCAGGCAGAAAUGCUGAAGAGUAUCGACAGGCGGUACAAGAAGCACUUCCAUGAGAUCCUCAGGAGAGCCUCUGAGAGCAUGGAGCUGGUCUUUGGCCUCGAUCUGAAGGAAGUUGACCCCACCCGUCACUACUACGCCCUCAUCAGCAAGCUGGCCCUCUCCAGCGAGGAAAGUCUGAGUGAUGAGUCGGGGCUGCCCAAGUCCGGUCUCCUGAUGAUUCUCCUGGGCAUGAUCUUAAUGAAGGGCAACCGUGCCACCAAGGAGGAGAUCUGGGAAUUCCUCAAUGCGUUGGGGUUGUAUGCUGGAAGGAGGCACUCGAUCUUUGGGGAGCCCAGCAGGCUCAUCAGCGAAGAUUUCGUGCAGCAGAAUUACCUGACGUACCGCCAGGUGCCCAACAGCGAUCCUCCGUGCUAUGAGUUCCUGUGGGGCCCGAGAGCCCUGGCUGAAACCAGCAAGAUGAAAGUGCUGGAGUUUGUGGCGAAGGUCAAUGCUGACGUCCCCAGUGCCUUCCCAGAUCUCUAUGAGGAGGCUCUGAAAGAUGAGGAAGAGAGAGCAGGAGUGAGAGCCGCGGCCAGGGCCGCAGCUCUCGCUCAGCGCAGUGCACGUUCCAGGGCCAAGGCCCGCAGCUCCUCCCACAUCUAG